AUGAUGUGGAGCUCGAUAGCUAAUUUGAAAGAGAAUCUUAAUAAGAUAGCUCUCGAUGUGCACUACGACGAUGACGAAGAGGAAUUUGCGAUCUACGGCUCCAAUGGAGGGGAUGCUGACGUUUCGGUGUCUGAUCGGAGGAACUCGCAUAGCUUUGCUCAUUCGAAUCCUGUGACACGGUCUCCAGUUGCCAAUGGGAUUGAGGAUGCCCAUCACUCUGAGAUUGAACAAUACAAAGCAGAAAUUAAGAGGCUUCAGGAAUCUGAGAGGGAUAUUAAAUCAUUAUCAAUGAAUUAUGCAGCUUUGCUAAAGGAAAAAGAGGAGCUAAUCUUACGAUUGAACAAGGAAAAUGGCUCACUAAAACAAAGUUUGGAUGCUACAAAUACAUCAACAAAUUCACCUAAAGCUGAAAGGUCCAAAUCACCAGCAAAUGGAACUAAUGAAGUGAAGGGAAGCGAUCAAUCACCUAGCCGACUACUUAGGGGGAAGAACCGGCGUAAUGGCAUGGUGUCUAAGCAGGAUGGAAUUACUAAUGGAGCUUCACACUCUGGAAAACUUGAUUACCAGAGUAAGAUGGUACCAGAACAUUCAACUUCACAGGAGCUUGCAGAUUUGCAAGAAGGGAAUAUGGGAUCACUACCAGAUGUGGAAGCUACUCUUGAGUUGAAACAAUUAAGGAAGGAACUUCAACAAGAACGGGAACAGUUGGCAGAUUUGCAAUUAAGAUUACGAGAGGAGCAAAAAUUGAACAAAAAGUUCCAGGAGGAGUUGAACUCCCUACAGACGCACAAGGACAAAGCAUCGUUGGAGAUGAGCAAUAUUCUAAGAGAACUGAAUGAGAAGAAACUAGAAAUGAAGCAAUUGCAAGUUGAGUUGAAUAGGAGAGAGAACAUGAAGUCUGAUGAUGAUGUUGAGGGAUUGAAGAGAUUAAUAACAAAAUUGGAGAAAGAAAAAAGUACUCUGGAGAUGGAAAAAAAGGAACUUGAAGAUACAUUGGAAAAGAGCCAAGAGUCACCAAGUGUCGGAACCCCAUCAAAAUCAUUGGAAAUGGGGAAUAGGCACCUAAGUGCUUCUAGUGAGAAAUUAGGUCCAUCUGGAAUUUCCCCCGGAAAAGAAGAUAUGGACCUAUCAUUGCAAAAAUUGAAGAAAGAUUUGAAGGAAAUGCAGCAAGAGAAAGACAAAGCUGUGCAUGAACUAUCACGUCUCAAGCAGCAUUUAUUGGAAAAGGAAUCUGAGGAAUCAGAAAAGAUGGAUGAAGAUAGCAGAAUAAUUGAAGAACUUCGCCAUAAUAAUGAAUAUCAAAGGGUUCAGAUAUUGCAGUUAGAGAAAGCACUGAAUCAGGCAAUUGCAACACAGAAGGAGGCUGAGAUGUAUGGUAACAAUGAGCUCCAGAAAUCUAAGGAAAUUAUUGAAGAUCUUAACAGAAAACUUGCCAACUAUAUGAGUAUUAUAGAUUCCAAGAACAUUGAACUAUUGAAUCUUCAAACUGCGCUUGGCCAGUACUAUGCAGAAAUUGAAGCCAAGGAACACUUGGAGAGUGACUUGGCUCGGGAAAGAGAAGAAGAAGCUAAAUUGUCUCGAAUGCUAAAAGAUGCUAACAAAAGAGAAGAUGCGUUAAAGAAGGAGAAGGAAGAAUUUUUUUCAAAGCUUUCAAUUUCUGAAAGAGCAUUGGGAGAAUGGAAAAGCAGAGUCAAUAAACUUGAAGAAGAUAAUUCAAAGCUGCGCCGUGCUCUUGAUCAGAGUAUGACAAGGCUGAAUAGGAUGUCGGUGGAUUCAGAUUUCCUAGUUGACAGGCGUAUUGUGAUCAAAUUACUGGUGACGUACUUCCAGAGAAACCAUAGCAAAGAGGUUUUGGAUCUUAUGGUUCGUAUGCUCGGAUUUUCUGAAGAUGACAAGCUGAGGAUAGGAGCUGCUAAACAAGGUCCAAGCAAGGGUGUUGUACGUGGAGUUCUGGGCUUUCCCGGACGCCUGGUGGGUGGGAUUUUGGGAGGAAGCACAGCGGAGAGCCCAGCUAAUAUGGCCUCUGAUAAUCAGUCAUUUGCAGAUUUAUGGGUUGACUUUCUUCUCAAGGAGAAUGAAGAAAGAGAGAAGAGAGAAGCCGAGGAAAGCCUCAAGCUUCGGGAAGAAUCGCAACUUAGCAGUUCAAAUGUUGCCAGUCCUGGUUCGCAGUUACUUGAUCCCAGAACGAAAACAAUUGAUUCACCAUCUGAUUCCUCAAGAACAGGUUUUCCUUCCCAUCUUCAAUCGACUCACCUUCCCUUUGGUAGUGAUUUCCGUCUUUCAAGACACCACUCUGAUUCUGAGUUCUCAACAGUUCCUCUCACAUCAUCAUCAUCUGAGAACAUUUAUAGUUCAAGACCGCUUCCAAAAUACUGA